AUGGAUGCGCGCGCGUUUGUUCGAGUUUAUGACGUAGAACAGAUGUUUCCAGGAAACUUGCUGUACGUGUUCGCUCCCCGCGCAAAGCUACAUGAGAAAAUCUGUUUAACAGAAACGUUGCUGAGUCUUACAAACUCAAGGAACAUGGCGACCAGAAAGAUUCUACGCAAGGACGAGCAACUUUUAAACAAACUUAACUCAAUUCUAGUUAUGUACAAGAAUUUCCAACAUAGUGCCGAUGAACGAGAUAAACUUAUCAUCAUAGAGGCAUUGGUUGAUCUGCGCGAGAUCCUGACAAGAACAUACAUCUCAAAACCUUUAAAAGCAAAUGACGUGUCAGAGAUUGAGCUGAUUUUAAAAGAUCUGAACAGUCACGUGAAAGCAAUGGCGCUGGACGAAUUGUUUGAUGAAAUAAAUGACAUAAAAGGCAGAUUGGAUCUAGUAGAGAAACGGUUCGAACUAGAAGAUACUAGAAGACAUCCAAAGAUGUAUUUUCGCGAUGAGGGUGAGUUGUAGCCUCAUCAUUGUUAUCAUAAAAUGCUUUACAUAUUCAAUGUUAAGUCACUUCUACUAUCACUGGCUUCCUUAUUAUUUUGUCAUCGAGAUUCUGAGUUACUCCGAGGCACAAGCUACCACUCAUAUUUCACAGCAUGGUAAUAAAAUACAGAGUGACGGACUGGUUGAAUGAACGUCCGUCAAAACGACCGACAAACCUUUUGAGUAACUGACUGAACAAAGGAUUGACUGAAUGACUGAUUGAAGGACUGAUUAAACACUCGACCCACCGAUCCACCGAUCCACAGACUGACGGUUGAUGGACUGCGCGAGUGACUAACCGACAGACCAACUAUCUGUCUGACUGUAUGACUAACUAAUUGACUGACCGACUGUCUGACCGACUUAUUGACUCACUGACUGACCGAUUGUGUCCGACUGUCUGACUGACUGAUAGACUGACUGUCUGUCUGUCUGACUGAGUUAUUGACUAACUGUCUGUCUGUCUGACUGAGUUAUUGACUAACUGAUUGAUUGACUGACUCAUUGACUGACUCAUUGACUGAUUGACUGAUUAUUUCUCUGACUGACUUAUUGACUGACUGACCGACAAUGUGUCCGACUGUCUGACUAACUAAUGAGUGACCAUCUAUCUGUCUGUCUGUCAGUCUGUGUGACUGAUUUAUUGACUGACUGACCGACUGCCUGAUUUACUUAUCGACUGCACCAGCUUGUUUAUGAAAAAUUAAAUGGUAUGCGUAUUGUUAACUCUUUUUAUACGCUAUUUACUGAACGUUGCAAUUCAAACGUACUCAAUGUAACAAUUAAAAAAAUGUGCUCAAGCAUGUGGCUAGAUUUCUUUUUUGUCCUUUCAUUUCGUAUACACAGAUGAAGAUGAAAUAUGGAGCAGAGUUAGUGCUAUGAGGAAAGAAAAACUUGGCCAAUCAAGUUUAGUGUUAAGAUCUAAACUCCCACCACACAUGCGCAAAGUGAGGUUUAAUUUACCAGGCUCACAUGUUCGUGAGGAAGCUGGGUCAGAUAAGGAGAGUGCCGCAGAAGAAAACAGGCCAGAAGCGUCUGAUUGGAUACCAAGACACGUCCAAUCAACUAAGCGAUUGCCUCACAAUAGAAUUAACCAUGUCCAUGGGCUUACAAGCCAAAGGAGAACACGAUUUCGACCGGCAAAGAGACGUGACAUGUCGGCAAAUUACACAGCUUCUCUGGAAAACGAGAAGGAAAUGCAAAGUGCUCGUAGCACGGCUGUGCACCAUGAAAAUAUUGCUACAACCACAACCGUUGCUAAAUGCUAUGACGGCGACAACAAACAGAAAAAGUCCAACAAUGAGACACCCCUCCGUUGCGGAGAUUGCCAGAGGAUUUUAAAAGAAAGAGACAAGUUUUGGGGUUUGGAGUCUGAUUCAGAAGAGGAAGAAAUCAAAGAUUUUAAUGAGCAUGUACGACGUCGUAGUCUGAGACUAGAUUCAAGAUCUUUUAAGAACGUAAAAGAAAAAGCAGCAGAUAGCGGUAGGUCUUACGCGGGAAAAAGAAUCGCUGGGCGUGGUACCUGGGCCACCCCAGCUUAUGUGCCUCCUUGGGAUUUAAGGAGAGCUUCCAGCACAAGGAACUCUUCGAUGAUAGAGAAAGGAUGGUUUGGUUACAGGAAAGGUAUUUAG